AUGACUAAGAAAAAAUGGAAAAAUUUGAGAGACACGUUUAGUAAAGAAUUAAAAAAAAUUUCUAAGCCACGUUCUGGGACUGAUGCCGAUAAUGAGCCGAAGUAUACAGGCACAUGGCCACAUUUUGAGGCCAUGUCUUUUUUAAAAGUAGUUCUGAAACCCCGACAAACAGAAGGGAAUAUUAUAUCAAAAGACUCCGAAAGCAAUUCUGUAGAUCUGUCAGUGUAUUUAGACGCGGCUAGUCCAGAAGAGAUUUUAAACAUGAACGCAUCUGACAAUGACAACACCCAGCUCCCUGAAUCUGCGUCUAUUUUAGAAGAAAUACCACAGAACAUGUCCAUAGAUAACAACCUUCGACAAGAUCGUCCACCUUCGCCCUCGUUGCCAGGUCCUUCGCCUUCAUCCUCGUUGCUGGUGCCUUCCCCUUCGUCCUCGUUGCCAGCUAUCACAAGGCAAACACGCAAAAGAAAAGAUUUAAGUCUCGAAGCAUUUCUCGAUAUUGAGAGAGAAAAAAUGAAAAUUCUUCGCGAAGAUCAACCAGAUAAUACUGACGACGACCUUCUUUGGUUCAAAUCAAUAUUACCUUACAUGAAACAGUUGCCAUCACUCAACAAAUUACAUUUUAGAACGCAGAUGCAGGAGCUUCUUCUAAUGGAGCUGUCAAAGUUAAACACACCACAAUCCAGUGCUCAACAACCUGGCUAUUACACAUCUUUGUGA